UUACAGUAUGUACGGUGGCCGCGAUAGGUCAGCCCAGUAAACGAACUCGGCGGGCAGGAAGGCAGCGGCUACGAGAGCAGACGAAGCUGGAGCUGGGAUCGCUAUGGAGACCCUCUACCGAGUGCCGUUUUUGGUGCUGGAAUGCCCCAACAUUAAACUGAAGCGGCCGAGUUGGGUACACAUGCCCUCGGCCAUGACGGUCUAUGCGCUAGUGGUGGUUUCUUACUUCCUCAUCACGGGAGGAAUAAUUUAUGAUGUGAUUGUAGAACCUCCUAGUGUUGGUUCAAUGACUGAUGAACAUGGACAUCAACGGCCUGUGGCAUUCUUGGCAUAUAGAGUAAAUGGACAAUACAUUAUGGAAGGGCUCGCGUCAAGUUUUCUCUUCACAAUGGGUGGACUUGGUUUCAUAAUACUGGAUCGUUCCAAUGCACCAAAUAUCCCAAAGCUGAAUAGAUUUCUGCUACUUUUUAUUGGAUUUGUGAGCGUCUUGUUGAGUUUCUUCAUGGCAAGAGUCUUUAUGCGAAUGAAAUUACCGGGCUACUUGAUGGGUUAGUGCCUUUUCUGAUUGCUGCAGAUUGAAGAUUGUAUUUCCUUCUCAUUAGGAAGAAGAAUGGAUAGCAAAAAUACAUAGCCCCAUCAUUCCUAUCUAAAGACGCAAGAGAGAGAGAGAAUGAGUAGACUUGCUAAAGAAUUGUUUUCUCAUUUUCUCCUUAUAUAAACAGGAUUUGUUGCAGGCAGUUACUUUAACUAAUGUGUUCCUAUUUUUAUUCAGUGUUUAAAAAAGCAACAUUCUUGUGUUAUCAGGCCUAAGUGUAUUAUGUCAGUACAAUAGCACCACAACCCUACAAUCCUGUUCCCUAUCCUUCUCAGAGUAAUAAUUCUAUACUUUCUUGUAAUACCUUAGCUUGGUCUAUCUCCUUGUGAGAGAAUCUCUUUAGAAAAUGUGAAAGUAAUAUUUCCAUAUUUAUGAAUAAAAACUCCUGGUCAGUGAUUGCCAUUGUAUGUUUAGGAGUUUGAUCAAGAAAACAGAGAAGCAACUAGUUUUGUGCUCUAUCUUUGGAUAAGCCAACCCAGAGAUCAGAGCAGAUCAUGUACUUACAAGAUAUGAAAGAGAAGAGAGUUGGUGGAUUGUGGAGAAUGCCUGCACGAGUGAGGGUGCCACCUCCCUCUAGCAUUACUGGCAAUUGGUGCUUUAAAAUAUUCCAGAUAAUACAGUCUUCUAGCCACUUGCA